UUGUAAGUAAAGUUCCAACUACCAAGCGCAAAAAACAGUCAAUUGGAGACACAAACACUUGGCUUCCCAGGAUUGAGCAUUUCAUCGAUCCCCGGAAAAGAAUCGAAACUGCUGCAAAUACUAGUAUUAAAUACCUCUCUCUUCCUUGUUUUAUCUUUGUGUGAAUGCAUUCUCGAGAAAGUGUUUUUUCCUCCCCUUAGAUUCUCUAGAAUUCCCAAAUUCCAGAAAAAAACGAGGAAAAUCCCGGAAAAUCACAUUCGUUUCUAUUCCGAAAAAAGAAACCAGAGAAAUAGAAGGACCAUUUUUUAUACAAGGAUAAAGGGUUAAUCCAGUGUGACUCAUUUACUAUAAAGAACAGUAGAACACAUAGAAAAAAAUAUAAAUAAACAAAUUAAAAAACCCCGACUCAUUCGGUGUGUCUCGAGGUAGCUGUCAUAUUUUCAAUGGCUCAAGACGCUUCUGGUAUUGAAACAUGCCAUAAGAAACCAGGUCUUUUAAAAGAUCAAGUUCCACUGGUUAAGCGAAAGGAUAUUGAUCGCCAUGAGAUUGUUUCAAUCGAAGAUCCUUUGUCUUUUGAGCAGGGGUUCUUUAUUGUUAUCCGUGCAUGCCAAUCAUUAGCACAAAAAAAUGAUGGAAUAGUAUUGGUAGGAUUAGCAGGUCCUUCUGGGGCAGGGAAGACUGUAUUUACCGAAAAGAUGCUCAACUUCAUGCCCAACAUUGCUAUUAUAACAAUGGACAACUAUAAUGAUUCUAGUCGGAUAGUUGAUGGCAACUUUGAUGAUCCACGCUUGACAGAUUAUGAUAUGCUGCUCCAGAAUGUUCAUGAUUUAAAGGAAGGGAAGGAUGUCCAGGUUCCCCUCUAUGAUUUCAAGACUAGUUCCCGAACAGGAUACAGGACUCUUGAAGUUCCAAUCUCCCGAAUUGUAAUUAUUGAAGGCAUCUAUGCUUUGAGUGAAAAGUUGAGACCUAUGCUGGAUCUUCGAGUAUCUGUCACUGGAGGAGUUCACUUUGACCUCGUUAAACGAGUUCUACGAGACAUACAGCGUGCUGGCCAAGAACCUGAAGAAAUAAUCCACCAAAUUUCUGAAACUGUAUAUCCAAUGUACAAGGCCUUUAUUGAGCCGGAUCUCCAAACAGCACAUAUAAAAAUCAUUAACAAGUUCAACCCGUUUACCGGAUUUCAAAGCCCCACUUAUAUUUUAAAGUCAGCAAGGAAGUUCACAGUUGAUCAAAUUAAGAGUGUUGUAUCCAAAGCACAUAUGGAAACAGAGGAGCAGACUUAUGAUAUAUACCUUCUACCUCCUGGUGAAGAUCCAGAUUCUUGCCAAUCAUAUCUGCGGAUGCAGAAUAAAGAUGGAAAAUACAGUCUCAUGUUUGAGGAAUGGGUAACAGAUAUUCCAUUUGUCAUAUCUCCAAGAAUUACAUUUGAAGUUAGUGUUCGCCUUCUUGGUGGGCUAAUGGCCUUGGGUUAUACAAUAUCAGCCAUCCUUAAAAGAAACAGCCAUGUAUUCUCCGAUGAUAAUGUUUGCGUGAAAAUCGAUUGGCUGGAGCAGCUAAAUCGUCAAUAUCUUCAGGUACAAGGAAGAGAUAGGUCAGUUGUAAAAGAUGUUGCAGAGAGGCUUGGUUUGGAAGGUUCUUACAUUCCACGUACCUAUAUUGAACAAAUUCGAUUGGAAAAGCUUGUAAAUGAGGUUAUGGCUCUGCCUGAGGAUUUGAAAACAAAGCUCAGCCUAGAUGAGGAUUUGGUGUCAAGCCCCAAAGAAGCACUCUUGGGAGCCUCCAUGGAUAUGGUUGCUUUGAGAAAUAUGCAUCUCAGGAGUGGUAUGUCACUUUCAUAUUCAACUCAAAGAGAGAAGUAUAUAUCAAACUUUGCUGGAUAUAGUGUGAACAACCAGAGGUUUGGUGAGAGAAACUCGGAGUCAGCUCUAGCAAACAAGGGAGUCAUUAAUCAGCUUUCGGAGCAGAUAUCCUCUCUAAAUGAUAGAAUGGAUGAAUUUAAAACCCGUGUCGAAGAGUUGAAUUCCAAGUUAACCAUCAAGAGGAGGACUUCCAGCCAACAAAACCUGGCUUUUCGAGCUGAAUCUUGCAAGGGAUCUGCUUGUACUUCUUACUUUAUAAAUGGUUUAGGCAAUGGUUCCAUAAUAACCAAUUCUUCAUCUUCCUCCCAACUGGCUAAGGAUUCACCUUUAAUGGAAGAGCAGAUAUCUACUGUUGCAGAGGGACAACGUCGAAUCAUGCAUCAGUUAGACAGCCUUAGUAAUCUCCUCCAUGAGAGACUUGGAGAGAGGUCUGAGCAAGCAAAUACAAAAAGGAAAUACAUGGUGGCUGGUGCAGAACCUAUUAAAGUUCCUCUAAUUUUAACAACAUUGACCAUUGGUGGUCUGGGAAUCUUUCUAUUUAGGGGCUUUCUUUGUAACUCUUCCUCUCAGGUUUUCUAGUAAAGUGCAUCCGGGUAAUUUUGGCAUCAAAACCGAACUUGGAACCUUAAUUGUGUUUGAUUAUACUGAAAUUUUCUGGUUGGCUCCGACAGGCUUAAAAGUUCAACCACUUAAUCA